GUUCAAGCCACGUCCUCAUGCCUCAAGGCUAAUGGGCCUGUGCUGGGACCGCCUUACCUGUGCGAGUCCUGAAACUAUAUGUUGGCCCCGAUGGCUUCAUCUGGCCAUGUGCAAGGAGGUGCGGCGUGCUGUGGCAAAUCGUGGCGUUGUUGCAGACGGGCGAGGUUCGAAAAUGGCAUCGACCGCUACACGCUGAGAUUCGUAGACCCAAUGCAGGAGGGAGGGUUCGCGCGCAACCACAAGGCGCUGCUAAGCCACUAUGUGGGACUGGCGAUGGGCGUCAUUGCAGCCGUAACCCUUCUGACGAGCUUGACUGGCCACAGGUUCUGGGACGACUCCCAGUACGCCACGACAGAGGCCCAGGAGCUCAGCAGGUGGCAGCUGAUCAUCCAGACGGUCACGACCUCAUUUACAUCCAAUUUCUGGCCUUCGGUUCUGCGAUAUUGAUGGCCAAGUACAGCAUUGUGGGCACCUUGGGGUUGGAGGUAGCUGUUGUGGCUGCGGUUAUCCCCCUCAUGAUCGUGAUGGUGAUUAACUCGAAACACUACGUCGCGCGAGUGUUCGGCUACGCCGACCCAGAGGCCAUAUGGGGCCUCAAUCUGGGCGGUACCGACGGCAGUGUCGUGCUGUACAUCGACUGCGUUGUCACCGCUCUGCACCUGCUGAUGCCGAUCCGCUGGGUGGUCCUCGUUCCCAUGGAGGUGGUCGCUUGUCUAGCCUACAUCGUGCCCGCGCUGCUGCUCGGGAGCCCGACCAUGAACGUCGUGCCCCACAACGUCAUCGGGCUCCUGGCGCUCACUGUGAUGGCGGCCUUCGGGAAGCGGGCCUUCGAGAGGCAGGAGCGCGGGCUGUUCGCUGGCCUCCUGGUGGAGAAGCAGAAGCGCUUCCAGGCCGAGUUCGAGCUGUCCGAGAGGCCGCGCCAGGUUACAAGCGACGAGGCCGCGAAGGCGGAGGGCGACCGAUCCGUCGUGCCGUCGUCGCUCCCCAUGACGACCACCAGCGCAGGGGCCUUCGAUGCCACCCUGGAGCACGCGUCGCUGGACCAGAUCCGCGCCAUCGGGCAGCGGGAGCAGUGGCUCCUCGCCUCUGGCGAGGUGGAGCUGUUCACCGACGUGAUCCUCGGCGAGGGCGGCUUUGGCAUCGUGGUGUCGGGCCUGUAUCACAACGCCCUGGUGGCGGUGAAGGCUGCGAAAGGGGGCGUCACUCAGGGUGGCCUGGCCGAGCUCUGCAACGAGCUGAGGAUCCUCCGGCGCAUCCGCCACCCCAACGUCGCGUUCUUCUACGGGGCGUGCAUGGACGUUGUGACGGGCAAGCUGUGCCUCGUGCUCGAGCUCGUGGACGGCCUGCCCCUCGGCGGGUUCAUACGGGGCCUGUCCCGGGGCCCUGGCCAGCCUGCGGAGGCCAGCGCUGGGGAGGCAGAGGCCGGGGUGCAGGCCAGCGGCGCUGCCACGCGGGCCCACCUCGUGUUCGACAUCCUGAACGUGCUGCGCUACCUGCACUCGAGGCAGCCCGUCGUUGUGCACGGCGACCUGAAAGACUCCAACGUCUGCGUGGAGGAGCGGUGCAACAGGAGCGGGCGGAACUCGUACCACGCCAAGUUGCUCGACUUUGGCCUCUCGCGGAUCGUCACGAAGAAUGCCAAGCCUCUGAGCGGCACAUUGCGAUGGAUGGCGCCAGAGCUGAUCGCUGCUACAGCCGUCUCUCCCGAUGCUGCCGCCGACUGCUACUCGUUUGGGUUACUUGUGUACUUUAUUGUCGCAGGACGCCUACCCUUUCAGGGCACGAACAAAAUGCAGAUACUGAGUCAGCUCCGCCGUGGCCAAGGGCCCAGCCUAGCGUGGCCCACGCCCGCCGGCGAGCUGACGAAGGCCUGCGGGCCAGUGGUGGAGCAGUGCACCCAGCCGAAGGCGGCUUCACGCCCAGCGGUGCAGCAGAUCAGCGACGAAUUGUCCGCCGUGCUGGGCCACGUCGUAGGUGGGGACAUGGAGACGUCGGUGCUGGAGACCCUGCGCAGCAGAAGCUCCGCCAGAGGGGACACGAAGACGCUGCCGCUCGGCGCAGGAGGUCCCGCUGGCGGGGGGCCCGUGGCCAGUCCGGAGCUCCAGAAGUUCGAAGGCUUGGUGAAGCUAAGUCAGGUCAGCAGCUCCAGCGUCAGCGCACUCGUUCCAGGCAUUUGCACCCAGAGCGUGUCCGUGAUGCCCCAAAAGACGGCGGUGCUGUCGGCAAAGGGCGCGGACGGCGCCGCAGCGGCGCGCCCAGACAGCCCUGGGAGUUCGCACGGGCAGCUGGCCCAUCCAGAGUUCGAGCCGACGCCGCUGACCACGCAGAUUCUCACGCUGACGCUUCUGCUCUACCAGUGGAACGUCUCGAGUCCAGAUAGCCCGUGCUGCUGGCUGCACAGCGCCUUGCAUUCUUUGGACAGGAUGCGGGCGGAGCUCCGCUGCAGGCCGUGCAGCGCGAAAGGCCCCAUGCUCCGUGGGCAGUGCCGCAGUUGCGGGCUGCUGCUGCUUGAGGGCCAGGCAGUCUGCGAGUUCUGCGAGUGCCCGGGUUCCUGUGUCGCCGUGGACGCUGCCGCGCGCUCAGAAGAUGCGUUUGCUGUCUGAGGCAGCCUUUCCCGUUGCACUUCGGGCGCGGGCCCAUGGCCGAAAGCGCGCCUGUCUGAACGGGCGCCAAUGCGGGUGCCAUCCACCCAGCCGCAUGGCUAUGACCAUCGAUGUCAUGGGUUUGCUCAUGGACUUUUUGGUCACAUGCCGCCAGCAUUAGAUGAGACUGGUGCAGCAGACGGUCCUAGGUGUCUGAAUCCGAUGCCCUCGUCGUUGCGCUGUGCGCGAGGUGGUAGACACUCAUGCCGAGCAUGUAUUUUUAUUGAGCUGUCUCGUCGUUAUUUCUUCACGUGGGCGACGCAGAAAAACGGAGUCGGCUUCACCGACAUUCGUCGCUAUGUCAUCGCGCGUAGGACUGGUGUCUUUUCGUCGCCCACGUGAUUGUUGGGCAUUUGGGAACAUUGCAGUGGUGCAGGCAUUCUACCGCGGGCCGACUUGCGUCGGCCCUGGUUGUCUUUAAAAGGUGUUGGUGGGUACGGGUCUGCAGAUGUUGGGCUCUAGAUGGAGUCCCCACGACCGCAGUUUUGAAUCGGUGAUCGUGGGGAUUCUGAUGACUUAUCUGCACACAUUGAGUGCGCCGGAUAACAAGGAAGAUCAGUAUGUACAGCCGCCCGCCGACAAUGCAUUUGAUUUUCUCAAAUCGUAGCGUUGACAUGAAUGUCAGCAACUUUGCAAACCGGCUCCCUCGUUGUUGGUCGAACCAAGUACGUUCGGCGCAAGCGGUCUUUUCCUGUUGGCCAGACUGUGUGUGCACCUUGUUUUUUCCACGGAAUGGGCCUUGGGCCAGAGUGGCAUGUCUGGUUCUCUCCUUGACUCUGGGUGCCUCUUCUUCUCUCCCCUCCUUCCCUCGUCCUCGUCGCCCCCCUUCGCAGGCGAUUUUGAGGACACGCCUGACCUAAUGUUAGUCGUCUCCCUGUGCUCUCUUUGUGCGCGUCAGACUGUUUGGACCCGCCUCGGUCGUUCCAAUGUGCUCGGCUGCUCGGACGCACGGGCAUACAUACUUAUAUAUAUAUAUAUGUGUGUGGCGUAUUCUCGCCGACGGGCCAGAAGACCUCUGGCCGAUACGAUCGCGUCCGCUGACCGCCUCGCCCGCGCGGCCCGGAACGCUUCUUCUCGCCUGCGCGACGUGGCGGCGCUAAUCGCGCCCGCUAGCUUCUUUGCGCGGCCCGGAGAUCCCGCCAGUUUCGCGUGAAGAUGCGAGCGCGCGGAAGGGCGGUCUCCCCCUACGGGGCUGGCGGAUUCGCUAUGCAGUCAUUGUGUGGCGCUUUGGGGAGCGCCGCGGAUCAAUGUGUGGCGCCGCGGAUCAAUGUGAUUGUUGCGUCCUCACGCUCGGAAGCCGUACCAGGACACCAGUUCUGGUACUUCAACACUGCGAAACAAGGUGACUGUUCCGUCUUGCCAUUUAUAGACUGCGCCAAAACAUUAUGCCUUGGACUUCA